AUGGCUAAUGCUUUGAGUUGCCUGACUUUGUUUUGUAGCCUUCAGAUCUUCCUGAGAGGGACCUCUUCCUUCUCACCAGAUUGCAGCACAGACUGCCAGACCCACUGUCCCAUAAACUGCAGGCAGGGUCGUUACUACACAGCUGGCAACUGCUUGGAAUGUCCAACAGGUUUCUAUUGCCCUGGGGGUCAAGCAGCUCCAAGGAAAUGCCCGCUGGGAACAGCCAAUGAACUUACUGCUCAAGCAGACAUCACAGCCUGCCAGGUUUGUCCCGACGGCUACCUCAGCCUAGAGAGCGGAGCUGGGUGCCGUGCCUGUCCCGAUGGCUAUCGGUGUGACCCACACAGUGGCGUGCGGAGGAGCUGCGGUCCUGGGCAGUAUUCACCGGAGGGAGAGCUGGAGUGUCAGGAAUGUCCGGAGAUGUAUGUCUGCCCGGACGGACGGAGCAGACAGCGUUGUUUGGCUGGUCAGCAGCCAAAUCCAAGCCGCACUCAUUGUGUGACCUGUGCUCCUGGAUCCUUCUCAACCGAAGAUGCUCUGCUAUGCCAGCCCUGCCCAGCAGGUCACUUCUGCUUUGACGGCCUUGCAGUCCCUCCAUGCCCAGCAGGGACUUUCAAGCCCAGAGAGGGACUUCAGACACCCAGCAGCAGCUCCUCGUGUUUGCCAGGAAUUGGAUUGUGUUUGAAGUGCCCUGCUGGGUAUUUCUGCCCUGCUGGAGCAAGUUAUCCGGUCCCGUGCCAGCCAGGUACAUACAAUCCUCUCCAAGGGCAGGACGAAGCUGCUGACUGCAGAGCCUGCCCAGCAGGGAGAGCUUGUACUCAGGCUGGCUUAGUCCAGCCUGACGCAGAGUGCUUACCAGGGGAGGUGCAGGUGGCAUCCUCUGCUAAUUCAAGAUUUAGCAUAGUUUCUGGUAAAUCGGUGGCGUAG